GAGGUAGCUAUUAAACAGUUGAAUCGAAGUGGUUUCCAGGGGCAUAAGGAGUGGAUAAAUGAAGUCAACUUUUUGGGCAUAGUUAAGCACCCAAAUCUUGUGAAGUUAAUUGGAUAUUGUGCAGAGGAUGACGAGAGAGGUAUCCAACGGCUUUUAGUGUACGAGCUGAUGCAUAAUAAAAGCCUUGAGGACCAUCUGUUUUCUAGAUCACCCAAUGUCCUCUCCUGGAAUUUGCGAUUGAGAAUUGCUCAAGACGCUGCUCGUGGAUUGGCAUAUCUUCAUGAAGAAAUGGACUUUCAGUUAAUAUUCCGAGAUUUCAAAUCAUCCAACAUUCUUCUAGAUGAAGAUUUCAAUGCAAAACUCUCGGACUUUGGGUUGGCUAGACUGGGACCAGCUCAUGGAAUUGAUCAUAUAUCUACAGCAGUUAUGGGAACUCUUGGUUAUGCGGCACCCGAGUAUGUUCAGAGUGGCAGGUUGACAGCUAAAAGCGACGUUUGGAGCUUCGGGGUGGUUCUGUAUGAACUUAUCACGGGGAGACGAGUACUGGAGCGGAAUCUGCCUCGGGGUGAGCAGAAACUCUUGGAAUGGGUGAGGCCCUACGUCUCGGACCCCAAGAAAUUCCACAUCAUUCUUGAUCCGAGAUUGGAGAGACAGGAUUGUGCCAAGUCAGCACACAGACUUUCCUCACUGGCCAACAAAUGCCUCAUGAAGCAACCCAAGUGUCGCCCUAAAAUGAGCGAGGUGGUUGAUCGACUCACUUGCAUCAUUGGAGAUGAAGUUGUGACCAAAACAAGUGUGAAAGGAGGGGGGAAGGAAGAGGAGGGGUUUGAAGAAGGCGGACGCGAUGAGGCCCGGGAAAACAUUGACCAAAAGAAGAGUUUUGAUUUCAAGGAAAUGCUCAAUUUAAGGACCAUAUCAAUUGGGAAGCAGCUGGAUUGGAGGAAUUGGACGCCUCGUUUGCCUAGAGCCCGGUGAUAUUCAUCUCUUUCUUAUUCUUUUUCAUUGUCAUUUUCAACUUCCCUUUUUUAGAGGAGAUGAAUUGCCCUUGUUGCUGACCAGAGUUAGAUUGUACAGUUUCUGAUGAUAACUUUAUUCUGAAGAUUGGGAGGUUGCUGCCUUGCUGGUGGCAAUUCUCAUGCCCUAGAUUGGGGCCUUUGUGGACAUUGUGAUUUGUGACAGAAAUAUUGUCAACUAUUGUAUCAAAUAUGCCAUACUUGGUAAAGAAACUUGACUAGGGGGUAAGGGUCAAAGGGGUUUAAUACUUCAUAUUCAUUUCAAACAUGGAUGUUAUAUGUAUU